AUGUCUUCUCUAAUUAACAAGCCUUUCCCAGCCGGUGCCUUCUCCUUCCAAUACAUUACUGUUGGUCCAGAAGAUUUCGAAAAGGGUCACGAAUGUAAAUUGCCUUUAACUGUUUCCUGGGAAAAGUUCAUCAAGGACAACAAGACUGUCGUUAUCACUGGUGCUCCAGCUGCUUUCUCUCCAACUUGUUCUAUUUCUCACAUUCCAGGUUACUUAUCCUACGCCGAUGAAUUGGUUCAUGACAAGCAUGUCGACCAAAUUGUCGUCUUAACUGUCGACACUCCAUUCUCUCAACAAGCCUGGGCUAAGGACCUAGGUCUAAAGAACACAGCUCAUGUAAAGUUCGGUUCUGAUCCAGGUUGUAAGUUCAUCAAGUCUCUAGGUUUCGAACUACAAGUCGACGAAGGUGUCACCUGGUCCGGUAGAUGGGUCAUUGUCGUCAAGGAUGGUAUUGUCACUUACGCUGCUAAGGAAGAAAACCCAGCUUCUGAAGUCACUGUCUCCUCUGUCGAAAGUGUUCUAGCUCAUUUGUAA